UCCGUGUCCCGGCCCCGGCCCCGGGCCCGGCCCCGGCGCCGCCCGCACCAAGAAGAAGCAGAAGCGCUUCGUGCCGCAGCGGGUGAAGCUGCCGCGGGCCGCGGACCCGCUGCUGGCCGUGCUGGCCUGGGGGGUCACGCACCAGAUCAACGAGCUGAGCCAGGUGCCGCUGCCCGUGAUGCUGCUGCCCGACGAUUUCAAAGCCAGCUCCAAAAUCAAGGUCAACAACCACCUGUUCAACAGGGAGAACCUGCCCAGCCACUUCAAGUUCAAGGAGUACUGCCCGCAGGUGUUCCGCAACCUGCGCGAGCGCUUCGGCGUCGACGACCAGGACUACCAGGUGUCCCUGGCGCGCAGCCCCCCGCGCUGGGUGGGCAGUGGGCACCGCCUGCUGCUUUCGGCCGACCGGACGCUGGUGCUGAAGGAGCUCUCGAGCGAGGACGUGGCCGACGUGCACGGGCUGCUGGCACACUACCACCAGUACGUGGUGCAGUGCCACGGGCAGACGCUGCUGCCGCGGUUCCUGGGCAUGUACCGGGUCAGCGUGGACAGCGAGGACACGUACCUGCUGGUCAUGAGGAACCUCUUCAGCCACCGCCUGCCCGUGCACAGGAAGUACGACCUCAAGGGCUCCCUGGUGGACCGAGAGGCCAGUGACAAGGAGAAGGGCAAGGAGCUGCCCACGCUGAAGGACGUGGAUUUCCUCAACAAGAACGAGAAGUGUUCGUGGGGGGAGGAGCAGCAGCGCGAGUUCAUGGACAAGCUCAAGAGGGACGUGGAGUUCCUGGUGCAGCAGAAGCUGAUGGACUACAGCCUGCUGCUGGGCAUCCACGAGGUGGAGCGGGGCGAGCAGGAGGAGGAGGAGGAGCUGGAGGAAGAGGAGCUCGGGGCGGGGGGCGAUGAGGGGGGGCUGGGGGGCCCCUACGGCAUCCCCGAGGGGCUGGGGGGGCUCCUCAACUCCUACCGGCCCCUGGGCCCCGGGGAGUUCGACCCCGGCGUGGACGUGUACGCGCUGCGCGGGGCCGAGGGAGCCCCCCGGCGCGAGGUUUAUUUCAUGGGGCUCAUCGAUGUCCUCACCCAGUACGACGCCCGCAAGAAGGCGGCGCACGCGGCCAAGACCGUCAAACACGGGGCCGGAGCCGAGAUCUCCACGGUGCACCCCGAGCAAUACGCCAAGCGCUUCCUCGACUUCAUCACCAACAUCUUCGCCUGAGGGGGGGCCCAGCACCCCCCCCGCGGGACCAACCCCCCCCCCCCCAAGGGGGUGCU